AUGCCGGGCCCGGCGCUGCCAUGGCGACGCGAGCGGCCCGCCCGCCCCGCCCCCCGCGCAGCCGCGGAGCCCCGGGGCUCCCGGGCCCCUCCGGGCUUCGCGGCUCCGGCCGGGGUUCGUCGGAAGCCGCUGUCGCCGCCGCCUCCGAGGAGGCCCCGGCGCGAUCAAGAUGUCACCUCCUCCUCCCUGGGGAGCCACAAAAAGACAGCCAUGCCACAGCUCAAGCAGCUGGUACAAGGCAAGAGGUACAAACCUGGGCCACCACAGACACAGAACAGUAAUGAAGACAAUGAUAAUGGCAGCGUCCCCCCUCCCGCGUCCGGGCGCAAGCUGCUCACCUCGGCGCCCGCGCUCACUUCGGGGCCCUGCGUCUGGCGCUGCGACUUCGCGGCCCGGAGACCCGGGUGGCCAUGGGGGGGUCAGGGCGCGUUGGCCCGGCCGGCCCGCGGCCAGGCAGGACGGAGGCGCUCCAAGUCGCCUCUCGGAGCCCAGCCGCGGGCGGGGGCGGCGCCCGGGGGCGCAGGGAGCCGGCGGCGCGGGGAGCGGGCCCUGGCCGCGCACCCGGCCGGGCCUGCCUGGUGUCCGCGGGUGCCGCGGGGAAAUGCGAUCCCCUCCGCACAGGAAGAGCGGGCGGGCGAGCGGGCGGGCGGACGGCGCGCGGGGGGAGCAGGAGAGCGAGAGCGCGAGGAAAAAAGUUCCCGGGCGGCCUGGCUGCGCUCGCUCGCGGACCCGGGCGCCAGGUGGGUCGUGUGCGCCCCAACAGCACCCCCUGGCGGUCCGCGUGACCCACUGCGCGCCCCACCGCCCCACCGCACCCCCGCCACCCCACCCCUGAUCUAG